AAAAAAAAAAAAACCAGACCGAAAAGAAAAGAACAUCACAGAAAGGUAAACAUUCAAGAAAAGUGUUAGGAGGCUGGGGAAAGAGAAAAAAAGAUAUAUACACACACACCUUAGAAAAAAAGAAUCCUUUUUUCUUCUCCUUGGGCUUGAGUGACAAGCAGUCCUGAUCUCGCCAUGGAGACUGAUGGCGAUCAGAACUCUGGCUCUGCCAAUGGGAACACAGCCUCUGGGGGAAAUUCCCGCCCCACACAGAUAGCACAGAUGUCGCUGUAUGAGAGACAAGCUGUACAGGCUCUCCAAGCAUUGCAGAGGCAGCCCAAUGCGGCUCAGUACUUCCAGCAGUUGAUGCUCCAGCAGCACAUCAGUAGUGCUCAACUCCACAGUUUCGCAGCCGUGCAGCAGAAGAGCGGAAAAGCUGCUGCGAUGAUCCAAGUCCGCAUGAAGAGCUAGAUUUUGCCGGGCACACAGCGCAAUUGUCUUCACAAUGGCUUCAAGUGAUUUGUCAGUUAGUGCCAGUCAGUCAGUGGUUUCGAAACUAAUGUGAUAUCAUCCUGAGCGCUAAACACAACACAUGGAGCUCAAUAAAUCCCAUCGAUACUCACACUGUUGUGUAAUGUUGGUUACAGCUCGGAAUUGAAAAAUUCUUCAGCUACAUGUUGUUUGUACUUCAAAAAUGUAGAAACAGGUGCCUGCCAUCCCAGUGGUGGUUCGAACCGGUUAGUAAGCAACACUUUCUUCAAGUUGUUAUCAAGCUGUUUUCGGUUGACAGUAUGUAUGCCAGUUACAUCAGUUUAACACUAAAUGUUUGUGUACUGUAUAGUGUUUAAGUAUAUACCAUCCAUUUAAAAUAUUAAUGUAUGUGUGUAUGUUUUUAUUUUAUUUAUUUAUUUAUUAAUCAUUUGCCAGGUAUUUUUCACGGCAGGUACCCAGUCCUGGAUUUUCUGCCCGGGCCGACCUCCAAUAUAUGCAGUUGCAGUCGAAAGUUUACA